ACUAACAUCACUAACCAGUUUGUCCAGCCGGUUUGGCUGCUCUCUCUCUGGACGGUCGCCUACAGUCUCGUGCUGUUGGUCUCGGUGAGCGGGAACGUAAUCGUUAUCUGGAUCAUCCUUGCGCACAAACAGAUGCGGACAGUGACAAACUACUUCCUAUUGAACCUGGCCCUCGCGGACACGUCCAUGGCGGCCUUCAACUCGUUCGUGAACUUCGUUUACGCUGCGCACGGGGACUGGUACUUCGGGCUCGCCUACUGCAAGUUCCACAACUUCCUUCCGGUGACAGCGGUGUUCGCCAGCAUCUAUUCCAUGGUGGCCAUCGCCGUGGACCGGUACAUGGCCAUCAUCCACCCACUCAAGCCCCGCCUCUCGGCAACGGUAACCAGGUCUGUGAUAGGCUGUAUCUGGGGCAUGGCGGUUGUACUAGCGUUCCCGCUGUGUUACUACUCAACCACCAGACAGAUUGGGCAGAGAACACUGUGUUACGUCUACUGGCCUCGCACUGCACAGGACUCAUUCAUGUACCAUAUAAUAGUAGCAGUGUUGGUGUAUGUGCUGCCUCUAGUGGUGAUGGCUGGUACCUACAGUCUGGUGGGGAGGACACUGUGGGGAGGAGAGAUACCUGGUGACUCUAAAGAUAACUACCAUCUACAGAUACAAGCCAAGAGGAAGGUGGUGAAGAUGAUGAUGAUUGUGGUGGUAACGUUUGCAGUCUGCUGGCUCCCCUACCACCUCUACUUCAUGAUAACAGGACUCAACAGACAACUGAACAGAGUCAAGUCUAUACAACAGGUGUAUCUGUCAGUGUUGUGGCUGGCUAUGAGCUCCACCAUGUACAAUCCUAUCAUCUACUGCUGUCUCAAUAACAGGUUCCGUGCAGGGUUUAAGCGUGCAAUGCGCUGCUGUCCGUUCGUCCGUCUGUCUGAAUACGACCAGAUGGAACUACACAGCGCCCGUUUCCAUGCCAACAGACAGAGCAGCAUCUACACCCUGAGCCGCUUCGAGUCCUGCUCCGCAGACCCACACAACGACCGCAGCGACAGGAGGAGGAGUCUGGGUGGUCAUCAUGGUAGCAUCGCACACAACGGGGUGAAUCGUCACGGAACCCGACAUACACUCCUGACACACGCUAGUUACCACGGCAACCCCCGAGUGUCCACCUCCGCCAAGGAGCUCACCUGA